AUGAGUCGAGUUAAAUUCAACGUCAAUACAGAGUACGCAUACAUACAAAACUUCAAGAUAUUACAAAACUGCUUCACCAAACAUGGCAUCGAACGAACCGUGCCGGUCGAGGCUCUCGUGAAAUGCAAAAUGCAAGACAAUUUGGAAUUCUUACAAUGGUCAAAGAGAUUUUGGGAUCAAUACUUUCCGGGACAUGAAUAUGAUGCAGUCGCACGAAGGAAAGGAUCCGGCGGUCCGGCGCCAGCUCCAGCUGCAAGAACCAGCAGUGGCGCAAGUACCACACGAAAAGUCGGUACGACACCGGUCAAUCGGACUGCCCAACGCACCCUUGGAACUGCCACCGCCAGUUCUUCUAUGUUGAAGCAAGAAAAUGAUCAACUGAGAGAGGCAAUCGGAGGUUUGGAGAAGGAGCGGGAUUUUUAUUUCAGCAAACUCCGCGAUAUUGAACUCCUACUCCAGAAUGCGGUCGAACAGGAUCCAAGCCUCGAAGCUGAUGAGAAUGGACUGGUCAAAAAUAUCCAAACCAUACUCUAUAGCACCGAGGAAGGAUUCGAGAUCCCAGAUUUGGAAGCGAACGGUGCUGAAGAACCAGAAACAUUUUGA